CGCGCCUGCUCGGGCCGGUGGGCUGGGGCUCGGCGGCCGUGCUGGGACUGCUGACGGGAGUUGUCUUCGUCCUGGUCCUGAUCCCGGCAAAGGAUGCUGUCCUUCCUACCAGGAUCAAAGCCAGCUUUACAGGACUUAGCCUCAUCAAGGUGGCACUGGGCAGAUCAACCUCCCCCAAACCACGGUCGUGGCUGCUUGGUCACCUGCUGGGUUCACACCUCUCUUCCCUACUGCUUUCUGCUGCUGCUCUGUUAAAAAACGUCAGCUUUUGUGAGAUUUGCCAAAGGCCUGGGAGCAGCUUGAGCCCUUUGGGCCAUGCUCAGCUGCCUCCCUGCUCUGCGAUCACCCCGCUGACCUGCGCGUCCUUCCUGUGACUCGCUGGAGUGGCAAACCCGGGUCUGUUAGAGUACGGUCUGGUGUUUGACGCUGGCUCCACACACACGUCCCUCUACAUCUACCGGUGGCCCGCGGACAAGGAGAACGACACCGGCAUUGUGUCCCAGGUGGAGGCCUGCUCUGUGGCUGGACCUGGCAUCUCCAGCUACGCAGACGACCCCGCGGGGGCUGGCGCCGGCCUGAAGCCGUGCCUGGACAGGGCCAUGAAGAUCGUCCCGGCCGAGCAGCAGCGGGAGACCCCCACGUACCUGGGGGCCACGGCCGGCAUGCGGCUGCUGAGGGAGGAGAACAGCACCAAGGCCGAGCAGGUCUUGGCCGAGGUGUCCAAGGCCAUUGGGGCGUACCCUGUGGAUUUCCGUGGAGCUCGGAUCCUGACGGGGAGUGAGGAGGGUUCCUUUGGCUGGAUCACUGUCAACUACCUGCUGGAGACACUGGUCAAGUUCUCGUUUGCAGAGAAAUGGGCACAUCCCCAGGACACCGAGGUUCUGGGAGCUCUGGACCUUGGCGGUGCCUCGACGCAGAUCACCUUCCAGCCCGGGGUGCCCGUGGAGGACAGGAACACGUCCGUGUUCUUCCGGCUGUACGGCACCGACUACUCCCUGUACAGCCACAGCUACCUGUGCUACGGGCAGAGCCAGGCCCUGAAGAUGCUGCUGGCAGCUCUGCACCAGGCCAGCUCGCGUGCCCAGAUCUCCCACCCCUGCUACCCCAAGGGGUACAAGGAGACCAUCACCGUGGCAGAGCUCUACAACAGCCCCUGUGUGCGUGCGCCAAGCUCAGCCAGGCCUGGCCUCGUCCUCACGGUGACGGGGACAGGGGACACAGACACGUGUCACGCGGCCGUCCAGAGACUCUUCGACUUCAGCUGCGGGGCGCAGGGGCCGUGCGGGUUCAAUGGGGUCUAUCAGCCCCCUGUGCGGGGACACUUCUUCGUAAGCAGCCACCGACCCCGCCCCUGGGGAGGGCCAAUGGGAUUUUGGGGCACAGCCCCUGGAAAACUGCUCUGGAAGUGUCUGAGUAGUGUCUGGAAGUGCCAGCCCUGGGAGGCCUUCUCAGGGUUUUAUCACAGCCUUCACUUUCUGAACCUGACAGGAGGGCAGUCCCUGAGCUUGGUCAAUGCCACCAUCAGGAAGAUAUGCAACAGCAGCUGGAAACAGGUGCAGGAGUUGUUCCCCACAGCGAGCAGGACCCAGAUCCGUGAUGCCUGCACAGCCAGCUCCUACACCCUCACCCUCCUGCUGCAAGGCUACAAAUUCAACGUCACAACAUGGCCUAACAUCCACUUCAUCCGGCAGGUUGCUAACACAGAUGUGGGCUGGACUCUGGGUUACAUGCUCAAUCUCACCAACAUGAUCCCCUCGGAGCCUCCCCCAGCAGUCGUGGGGCUCCUGAGAAGCAUCUGGAUAGCAGCCACGGUUCUGCUGGCCAUCAUGCUCCUCCUCAGCUCCUGCCUGCUCACAGCCACGUGCUGCCAGAGAGACUCCUCCGGCUAUGAGCAGCUGUAGCAGCACUGCCUCCAGGGGCUGCCAGGCCACCAGUCCUCCUGCCACACUCUGCAAGGAGCUGCUUCCCGAGAACCACCCCUGUGUGCCCAGAGGCCAUGAACUUGUCCUGAGGGGCCCUGAGUGCUGGCCUGGUGAGCUGGAACUGGCACAGCUGUAAAACACCCUCCUCAUAGCUGUGUGCUCUCUGUUCUCCUUUCCCUGUGCUGCUGGUUGGAGAUGCUCCAGGAGGGACGGCUUGGCCAUGCAGGGCAGGGGCUCAGCGCUGGAGCCUGGGGACCACCAUGCUGUGGGGUGGCUGGAGCAGGGGCCUGGGCAGCAGUGGAACUCUCACAGGGCUGGUCACAGCCCACAGCAGAAGCCCUGGGUGGGACACAGGUGGGACACACACAUCCUGCCCCAUCCCAUGGCCAGUGCCAGCCCCAGGGGCCGUGGCUUUGGGGAUGUUUGGGACACUGGCCUGGCUGACAGGGCUCUGCCCAGGACUGGGAAGCCCUGUGAGGGGGGGUUGGCACAGCGUCCUCGUCUCCUGCAUGAUGUUUCUCUCCAGUCCACCGGUACCCCACCUGUCUGCCCCAUGCCUGGCAGAUAGCUCAUCUUCCCUUGCCAACACAGGGUGACUUGGGCACACUGCUGGGACAUGGCAGAAGCAACUCACAGGGCCCCCCAUACAUUUUUGGGGAGUCUCACUGGCAGUCAAAUGAUGGGUGAGUUGAGACACCUCCUCAGAGAAGGAAAAGGCCUGUCCUUGUGCCCUGUUGGCUCCACUGCAAGGUCCAGCAGACACCUCAGUGUCUGCAGGGACACCUCCCAUAGAUUCAUUGCCUCCCCUGAGUCUGUCAUCACCAGCCCUUACCUGGGAGAUAGAAGAAAUAAAGUCACAAUCAUUUGGGAGCAAA